ACACCACAGAUUCAGACAAAGCUUUUACGCUGUGUAAAAAUGGAUAGGUGCAACGAUGUUAGUGAUGAGGUUGCUGUUGUUAUGGUCCCUCUUCCUGCGCAAGGCCAUCUCAACCAGCUUCUUCAGUUCUGCUGCAUAUUCUCCUCCCAUGGACUCCCUGUUCACUACGUCGGAUCUGCCAUCCACAACCAACAAGCCAGACUUCGUGCAAAUGGCGGCUUAGACCCCAACAAAAUAGCCAAAAUCCAUUUCCACGAUCUCCCAACUCCAGAUUUCGCUUCCCCAUCCCCCAACCCCAACGCCUCCUUCAAGUUCCCCACUCAUUUGCAGCCAACCUGGGAUGCCUCGCAGCUUCUCCGCCACCCCACAGCGCGUCUUCUCCGGGAAUUAGCGUCUAAAGCUAGAAGAAUCGUGGUUAUUCAUGACUAUCUGAUGUCGUACGUUGUUCAGGAUGUGGCGUCAAUCCCCAACGCCGAGUCCUAUAACUUCAAUUGCGUUUCGGUUUUGUCUAUGGUUUCUUACAUGUAUCGAGGAUUAGGAAAGAAGUUUGUCGCAGAUGGGGAGUUGAGAGAGCUAAUGCCACCUCCUGAGGGGUGCACAACUGAUGAAAUUGUGAAGCUUGGGAUUGCUCAGAUGGAGCAUUUGAGUGUGAGAAGUGGAGAUAUUCAUAACUCCAAUAGGUUGAUUGAAGGUCCAUUUAUUGAUUUAUUGGAGCAAAAUGAAACAGCCCAGAAGUGGAAGAAGCAAUGGUUUAUAGCUCCCAUACUCCCUGCAAACCCAAACUUAAACUCAAAAAACCCCAAAAAUCCUAAUCCAUGCUUAGAUUGGCUUGAUGAGCAGCCUCAAAGCUCAGUUCUAUACAUUUCAUUUGGCACCACCACUUCAAUGUCUGAAAGGGAGGUGAGGGAGCUGGCGUUGGGAUUGGAACAUAGCAAACAGAAGUUUCUAUGGGUGUUGAGAGAUUCAGAUAAAGGCGAUAUCUUUUCGGGUAAACCUCGAGAGAUUGAGCUGCCAGAAGGGUUCGAAGAGAGGGUGAAAGGAGUGGGAAUGGUGGUUCGGGACUGGGCGCCACAACCCGAGAUCCUGGCCCAUCGGUCCACUGGAGGGUUUAUGAGUCAUUGCGGGUGGAAUUCAUGCAUGGAAAGCAUAACUUUUGGGGUUCCAAUAACUGCUUGGCCUAUGCAUUCUGACCAGCCCUUUAACAGUUUUUUGGUUGCACAGGUUCUCAAAACAGGCUUGAUGGUGAGAGAAUGGGCGGACCGCGGAGAGGUGGUGAAUUCAUCAGCCAUUGAGAAUGUGGUGAGGAGACUUAUGGCAUCAGAAGAAGGAGAUGAGAUCAGAAAGAGAGCUCAGAAACUUGGGGAAAAUGUAAGAAAAUCAGCACAAGAAGAAGGGGUUUCUCAGAUGGAACUCAACUCUUUCAUUGCUCAUAUCACUAGAUAGAUAGACUGUUUAUUUUUCCUGUUUUAAAAUAUAUUGCUUUGCUUUAUGUUACAAGAAUAAUUUUUCUUCAAGGUCCUCUGCUAGAUCAUAUGGAAAAAUAUUGUUUUAGAUUUCUUCAA